CGUGGCUGAUAAAAGGGCGUGGUCUGUUGUCAAUGGUAACGACAAAAUAAAGAUGGAGGUCGAGCCAGAAUAUCUCAGCACGGAAAUUAUUGAAGGGAAUAUUGAUGUACAUCCUAGCAAGAACGCCAUAUUGAUACACUACAGUGUUGAUGCGCGAGUCCUCUCUGAGAGACUAGAAACAAUGGGAGCUGACCUUAAGCAGUGCAGGAAAACUAUUAAUAUUAAAGGAUUGAGUAAAUCCACUGAUAUCCAGUCAUUGGCUGGUUUCCUGGUAUCACAGACUCCACUCAUUUCAUCAAAGAGACUGCCAGAGAUAGAGCAACUCCUUAUGUACAUGUUAAACAGGAAACUGAACAAGCCUGGAUUUCAAGAAGAGAAAGAUGUCUUGUCACAGUCUUCAAGAGGAAUGUGUCAGGAAUUGGACGCAUGUCAGAGAGAAAUUACAGAAGUUGCUUCGUUGGUCGAUUUAUCCGAUUACUUGGAAUUAUUGUAUGAAGAUAUACCAGAGAAGGUUCAAGGGACUGGAAUGAUAUUACAAUUAGCUAGAAACCCUGACAACCUACUGGAGCUAGGAUCUAAUGAGUCAUUGUUCUUGGCUUUGACUAGAGUACUAAGAGACGACUGGCGUAAAAGCAUUGAGCUCUCUACUAACAUAAUUUACAUUUUCUUUUGCUUUUCGACUUUCUCUGACUUUCACGGGGUCCUCAUACACCACAAAGUUGGUUCGUUGUGUAUGGCUGUUGUAGAACAUGAGGUGAAUAGACACGAGACACUAGUGGAAGAUGCUGAGAAUAAAAGGAAAGGAGCUCGUACUACUAGCAGUGGGAAAUUAGAAUAUGAAAAAGCAAAGAAGAGGCUACAAACAAUUGAGAAAAGACAAGAUAUCCUUUUAAGAGUUUCUUUGUAUUUAUUGUACAAUUUGGCCGAAUUGCCAGUGAUUGAGCAAAAAAUGAAAAAUAAAGGGAUUGUAUCUUAUCUAACUAGGCUUUUAUCACGUUCUAAUGAAGAACUGAUAAUUCUAAUUGUUUCUUUUCUUAAAAAGCUAAGCAUCUAUGGAGAAAAUAAAGAUGAAAUGGCAAAAGAAAAGAUUUUGAAACGUUUGCUGCAACUAAUUCCAAGCAAGAAUGAGGUCCUAAUGAACGUUGCCAUUCACUUGCUACUGAAUUUGUCAUUUGAUCCAAGUUUGAGAGAAGAAAUGAUUACUUUAGGCUAUCUACCUAAACUAGUGGCUCAACUAAGUAAUGAAACACAUAGACUGGUGGUCAUAUUUGUACUGUACCUCAUUAGCAUGGACGAUAAAGGAAGAGCUGCAUUUGCAUACACUGACUGCGUCCCUGCAGUAAUGCAGUUGUUGCUAGAAACAGAAGAACCACCUGAUCCUGAAAUAUUAGCACUGGCUAUCAAUUUAGCAUGUCAUCCUGAUAAUGCAGCACUCAUAUGUCAUGGACCAGGACUGGGGCUACUAAUGAAGAAAGGACUCUCAACUCAGGACCCAUUGCUAAUGAAAGUCAUACGUAAUGUGGCUCAGCACCCUGGAGAAGAACUCAAGACUUUAUUUCUGGAGUUUAUUGGUGAUUUAGGUAAUGUGAUUGUCAAUUGUCAAGAUGAGGAUUAUCUCGUUGAAGUGAUUGGUAUAUUGGCCAACAUACAGUUACCUGAUCUGGACUAUAACAAGAUACUGACUGAAUUGAAAAUGCUUCCAACUAUUGUCAAAAAAUUAGAAAGUGCAAGUACUAAAGAUGAUAUUUUGUUGGAAAUCAUAAUACUAUGUGGCACAUUUUCAUCAGAUCCUAAGUGUGCCGUUUUAUUUGUUAACGAAGGCCUUCCACAGUUACUCAUAGACAUUUUAAAAGUUAAGCAAGAUGAUGAUGAGAUUAUCCUACAGAUUGGUCACACAAUGUACCGGUGGGUCCUCAAUCCACAGACAAGGGACACCAUGAUGAAGAGUGAAGCUCCAGAUUACUUUAUUGAGCUCUUGCAUGACAAGAAUGAAGACAUUCAUAAUAUUGCUUCAGAAAUUGUCAAUGUCAUGACAGAGCAUGAUCCAGAGUUUGCAGAAAGAGCUAAACUGGUAAAAUUCCGUUUCUACAAUGCCCAGUGGUUGGAGAUGGUAACUGGUAAGAGUCUCUACAUUGGAGGAGGAGGAGUAGCUGGGGGACCAAGCCUCAGAGAAGUAGACGAUGAUGACGAAGACUAUAAUCCUUUCAUGGAUCCUUACUACCUGCAAAUGGCUGCCGAAUUAUACUCUCCUGAGCUCUUGUAUGAGAAUGAAGCUCUGCCCCAUCCUCUCUACACAUCACCUGCUGGAAUGGAGGAGCCAUUGGGUGACUAUGAGCAGCAAGGAGGUGGACUUUUUGCCUAUCAUUCCCCCGCGGGGGCGCCGGUUACCACUCGCCCACCGUCCAGAUUAAAUUUUUAACUUUUUAAAAUUUCAAAUUUUGUAUAAUCACGUGAGGUGAUAGUUAUAAAAGUUAUUAAAAGAGA